CUGCAGCCAGAGCUGGGGGCGGACAGGCGGGCUGGGGCCAGCGCUGCCCAUUGGCUGCCUCUGGCUCCCGCCCCGCCCGCCUCCAGAGCCUGCGGCUCCCGAGCCAGCUCCUGCCGCUCCGGCGGCUUCUCAACUCCCCGUGCAAGCGCCUCCCCACCGGGCCAUGGCGAGCUGUGACCGGAUUGGAGUGGCCCCCGCCAUGGACAUGCCUGAGGUCCUCAAGUCCCUGCUGGAGCACUCUCUGCCUUGGUCAGACAAGAGGACAGAUAAAGAAAAGGGGAAGGAGAAGCUGGAGGAAGACGAGGCGGCGGCGGCCAGCACCAUGGCGGUGUCGGCGUCGCUCAUGCCGCCCAUCUGGGACAAGACCAUCCCGUACGACGGCGAGUCCUUCCACCUGGAGUACAUGGACCUGGACGAGUUCCUGCUGGAGAACGGCAUCCCCGCCAGCCCCACACACCUGGCCCAGAACCUGCUGCUGCCCGUGGCCGAGCUGGAGGGGAAGGAGUCGGCCAGCUCUUCCGCCGCGUCCCCGCCCUCCUCCUCCACCGCCGUCUUUCAGCCCUCGGAAACCGUGUCCAGCACAGAAUCCUCGGUGGAAAAGGAGAGGGAGACCCCCAGUCCCAUCGACCCCAACUGCGUGGAGGUGGACGUGAACUUCAACCCCGACCCCGCAGACCUGGUCCUGUCCAGUGUGCCAGGCGGGGAGCUGUUCAACCCGCGGAAGCACAAGUUCGCCGAGGAGGACCUGAAGCCCCAGCCCAUGAUCAAGAAGGCCAAGAAGGUCUUCGUUCCCGACGAGCAGAAGGAUGAAAAGUACUGGACGAGACGCAAGAAGAACAACGUGGCUGCCAAACGGUCCCGGGAUGCCCGACGCCUGAAGGAGAACCAGAUCACCAUCCGGGCGGCCUUCCUGGAGAAGGAGAACACGGCCCUGCGGACGGAGGUGGCCGAGCUGCGCAAGGAGGUGGGCAAGUGCAAGACCAUCGUGUCCAAGUACGAGACCAAGUACGGGCCCUUGUAACCGCGUGCCCUGCCCGGGCGCCACUGCCCGCUCCUCAGCCUGCUGGGGGCUCCCUGACCCCACCCGCGUGUGGAGACUUCGGACACUUCCCGGGCAGCUGGCGGGGCCCUGCGCCAGGAGCGUUCAUGUUCAAGCUUCAUUGUCACGCGGCCGUGGGCCUUGAGAGCGCCGUGGCGUCUCCUCCCGGCGGGCCCUGCUGAGCCAGGCGGGACCUCGAGCUCGGCUGCCUGGCUCCAUCCCUCCGUCCUGGGCAGCCGCCUGGCGUCACAGAACGAGCCCUGAAGGCUGCGGCCCGCUCGUCUUCUCAGGGAGCAGGGCAUGUGUCCUCGGGGGCUCCUAGGCCUCCCCAGAAAGUCUCUGAGAGAAACAUCCACUUUUGAGAGACACCCCCGUCCUUCCUUCCGCCGGGUCUGGCAGGAGCAGGUGGGAGCCUGCAGGGGCACCAGGCGUGGGCCGCGUUCACCCCCUGCCCCCGGCUCUGACGUGCUCGUCUGCUGUGGGAGAGAGACCCUGCAGCCUGGCUCUGAGCCCCGGUCCCCAGCACAGGGACCCUUUCCUCGCCCCUCGGUCCCCGGGGACGGGGCCUCCAGGCCUGCUGUUCCUUUGCACGCAGCCAUCGGCCCAGAUCGCGGACCGACCGCGCACCCCCGCCCCGGAGCCCAGGCUGCGCCUUCCUGCAUGGAACCCACUGCCUCCACGCGCGGCCCCUCCCCCAGCCUGGCGGCCCCUGGAACACUACCCUGACGGCAGGCCCCUCCGUCGGGCCGGGAGCUGUGGCCUCUCCAAGCUGCUCCUUCCUCCGGGGGGGCCCCGGGAGAUGCGCCGAGGUGAGCCCUUGCGCCCCGGCCGCAUGUACAUACUCGCUCAGGGCUACGGCUGUGGUGAGGACCGUCCCGGGGCCGGGCCCCUUUGGGCAGGCCACUGGCCUUGUGGCAUGCGUGGUCCUGGGCCCGAAGGACUUUGCUGACAGAUGUUAAGGUGGGGGGGUGGGGCCCUCCCGGCGCCGCCCUGGGGACCUGCACACCUGUCUCUGGGCAACUGACAAGGGUCCCCUCUGGCGCCUGACGAACUGUGGUUCUGUACAAACCACGCACACACUUUCUCUUGGGUAACCACAUCCGGCAUGUCAGUGUCCGCCCGGCGCCCCCUCCCUCGGCCAGCAGCUUCCCGGGGGUCUCUCGCGGUGUUCCUGGGAGGGCCACUCCCACCUCAAAGCGCUUCCUGUUCCGUGGCCAGGAAUUGUCUGGUUUGUGUUUUUUUUUUUUUCAGUUUCACUCUUUCAAGCCUAGAAACGAGUCUCCCUGUGGCGCCUCCCUGGGCACUGCGCCGGGACAGUGGCCCUCGGGCUCUCCGUUUUGUCCCCUCCCGGCGGUGAGCGUCUGGUUCCUUCCCAGAGUGCUGGCAUGAACAGAGUGGCCCUGGGCGCGGGGGCCGUCGCCGUCCCUCCCUUCCGGCCAGUCCCCGGGCCCGUUGGGUUUCUGUCCUGGACUGGGGAGUCCCCCGGACGUCCUCGUGGGCCCUGUCCAUCUCGGGGCCAGUAGCCAAAGACAGAGCUCCCGUGCUCGGCCCUCUGCUGUCCCUUGCGGAGCACCGAGGCGAGAAGAAGAGCAAAGGGCUUCGCGGGGCUCCUCCCUCGGCGCCUGGCAGCCUCCCGGCCUCCGCGAUCAGACCAGUCGCGAACGGCCUGGACGGCGGCGGGCAUUCCCGCCCGCGUGGCUGGGGAGAGGCGUCCGCAUUCACCGCCGUCGGGGCCCGGCCGGCAGGGGGAGGGCACUGGGCAGAGACCCUACGGUAGCUGAGGUGGCCCGGGUCGGGCACAAGGGCUGGAGGCAGCCCUGGGAGGCUGCUUCCUGGCCGGCGUUGGCAGCGGUCCAGGGUUCCGGGGACUCGGGGCCCCCGUGUUCCUUUGACAUCUGUUCAUUAAGUGCAAUAACUUUUUCUAGAAAAUGGCACAGAUGACUUCCAGGUGGACGUAGCUGUCGGGCGCGGGGCUGCAGAACACCACUUGGUUUUAUUUUUCUAGGUGCAUGUGAUGCUCGAGUGUGCGGGGGCCCCCGCAGUCCCCCGGGCGAGGGCGAGGCGAGUGCAGCCCGUUGGCCUUAGUGCGUGUGCGUGUGCGAGUGUGUCCCGGCGGUGGGCCUGAGCGGCGCGCAGGAGGGGAGCUGGGAGUGCGUCCUUUUCAGAAUAAAGCGAUAUUUUGAGACGAGAA